AGAAGGGGAAGAAUCGUCGACGUCGUUUGUGGUGACUGGUUGGAGAACCCAGGGAAGAGCGAGAGUCCGAAGAAGAGACUGGUGGGCUUGAUUUGUGAUUGCGGUGAACGUAAAAGCUGCGAAUGUCUGAUCCACCGGUCUAGGCUAUAGACCAGAUUUGUCUGAUCGCGCGAAGCGUUCGUAACGCGCGCUCUUCUUCCUCCUCGCGAAACCGUCCUCCAAGUGUUUCAUUCAAUAAUAAAUCAAACUCACAAAUGACAUUAAUGAGUAAUUUGCAGUUAAAAUUCGGGACAUUUUUAGAAUGAGUUUAUCACAAAUAGAAUAGGUGGGAUGGUAAAAAGUGGAUAGUGAUACAAAGUAACAGUUGAAAAUUCCGGAAAAUUUUUUGUUUCAUUUCUUCUUGGCAGAUGAGCAAACGAUGAAGUGAAAGUGUGUGUCUAAAAAUAUAAGGGUGAAUCGAGUGCCUGGAAGUGAUUUGCAACGAAGUGACGAUCCUUUCCAUGAGUGUGAAAAGUGUUUAAUGAAUUGAACUUAGUGUUUUUGUGACCUUCUUCUUUUACUUCCUGUUUGAAGCGCGGGAACCAACGACGGCCGAAAAUGAAGGGAACUGUAAUUCAAUUAGCAGUAGCAGCAUGUGUAAUUGGUUUCGCGACGAGUGCUGAUGAUCAAGGACUGAGAGAUCCGCCCCUAAACUACAAAGGUUACACCCGAAAAUCUUGCCCCCAUAGUCAACAAAAAAACAUAGCGAUGAGAUUGCUCCUUUUAAGAGCAGAAAUGAAACGAAUUACUACUGUUGAAGGACCUCCUUUAGAUGCGUAUAUCGUGAGCUCUGAUGACGAACAUCAGAGUGGGAGGCUUAUAGCGAAAUAUCGAGAAACUGUUAUAGAGAAAGUGCAGAUUCCUACAAUAACGCAAUGGCUAAUGCAUGAAUUUAAUGGUCAACGAGCAAGAGUCGGAGCUGAUCCCAAACUGAUACCCGCCUUCAGGUGGAAACUUUGGGAAAAACAAUUUGUGAACACGACAAUAAGCCUAGAGCCAAUUCAUGAAAACUUAGUGGACAAUAUCUGGAAGGUUGGUAGAAAACCUCAUAGUACUCGCGCGGCUUCAGUAUUGGAAGACAAGUACUCAGGUAAACCAUGGCAGGAAAAAAUCAAACAAGUGAGGCUGGAAAUGGAACUGGCAUCUGCAGAUGCAUUGGUGAUUACGGCCUUGGAUGAAAUCGCCUGGCUAUUUAACAUUCGAGGUGCUGAUUUGCCAUUCACCCCUGUCCUUAGGGCUUAUACAAUAAUUACCUUCGGGUCAAUUCAUCUCUAUACGCCCCGCAAUAAGCUCAAGCGAAGCACGGAAAUACAUCUUAAAAUGGACGCGUGCUACCAAUCAUCUUGUGUCAAAUGGCAUAAUUAUACGUCAUUCUGGGAUGACCUUUCAACAAUGUCUCAAGCAUGGAGUACUGUUUGGCUUCCUACUGACUGUGGAUAUGCACAAGGGGCAUCUGCAAAAAUAUUUUCUUCGAUUCCAAAAGAAAAGCAGUUGGCGAAAGCUUCUCCGGUGAUUCUCCUUCGGGCAGAGAAAAAUGAGAUUGAGGCGCAGGGAAUGAGAAAUUCUCACAUCAGAGAUGCUGUUGCCAUGUGCGACUUUAUAUCUUAUAUGGAUGAACAAAUGAAAUAUGAUCCAGACGAAUGGGAUGAAAAGCAGGUGGCUAGGGUGGUGGAUGAGUUUCGUCUUGAACAAAAUUUAAGUGAAGGACUUUCUUUCCCUACAAUAGCAGGAUAUGGACCAAAUGCUGCCUUGCCUCAUUAUGAACCACCAAUGAUAAGUCGAAAAAUUGGGACAGAUUCAACUCUUGUCAUAGACUCUGGAGGGCAAUAUAAAGAUGGAACAACUGACGUGACACGUACUUUGCACUUUGGAGAGCCAACUGCAGAACAAAAGGAUGCUUACACAAGAGUUUUAAUUGGAUCCAUUCAAUUAUCAUCUUUGACUUUUCCUGACGAUCUUCGAACAGAUCAAAUUGAUGUUCUGGCAAGGGAGCUACUUUGGAAAAAAGGCGAAGAUUACAUGCAUGGAACAAGUCAUGGAAUAGGGCAUUUCCUUUCCGUUCACGAACCACCAAUUAGUAUAGCGUAUCUCGGAGGAAGUUCUGAUCCAUCAGAUUGCUACAACGUUCGCCUGAAACCAGGAUAUUUUUUAUCAAAUGAACCUGGAUAUUAUAAAGCGUACAGUUUUGGCGUUAGAUUAGAAAAUAUUAUUGAAGUUGUGGCUGCGGACACACCAAAACAAUGGGGCAAAAAUUUCCUCAAAUUUCGAGAUGUUACUCUAGUACCUUAUGAACCGAAGUUGAUAGAUGUCGACAUGUUGACUCCAGAUCAUCGUCGAUGGUUAAACCAAUACAAUCGAAGAAUUAGAGAAGAAGUCGGACGUGAAUUAAAAAGAAAUUUAAAAGUGAGAGCUUUUAACUGGAUGGAGAAAAAAACACGAGUCAUUCCAGAAAGAGGUCCUGUUAAUAUGCAAUUUUUCCUUGCCUCUAAUUCGAAUACAUCCAUAUUUAAAUAUAAACAUCAAAUACUUUUUUGUGCAUUUCUGCUUCAUUUGUAUACAUGUUUAGCAUCAAUAUUUUACAGCUAACUACAAAGUGGAAACAUUUUAGUUGGAUUUUAAAAGCAUAUUCCUCAGAAGAAGUUACAUUUUCCAAUAAUUUUUUUCUAGAAGGAAUUUUUCCAGAAGGAAAGCUUGUUUAUUUAAGUGAAGGCUGAUGUAAUAUAAUAUAAAAAAAAAUCUGAUAAGCUUCGUUUCUCUCUAAGCAGGAAAUAUAUUUAUCUUUAACGGAAAAUAAUUUUCGAAGCUUUAUAUUUGAAUAUUGCUAUUAAUUUAAGUGCAAUUGUAAGUUUUGUUUAAGAAUCACUCCAGCUUACGUUAUAAAUUAUAUUUUAUUUUCAUAAUUCUACUUUUAUAAUGU